UAUGCAUUUAAUUGCUGACAUGAAGAUUAAAUUAUAUUUGAUCAAGUGUUUUUUAUUAAAAUGUAACGAUAGUGUUCGCCAACAAAACAAAAUAAAUACCAAAAAAGUAUAAAUUAAACAAGAAAGUUAUAGCUUUUAUAUAUAAUAUAUGAAAUUUUAUUAAAAGCUUUUGUAAAUAAAAUAAGACAAUUAAUAUUAAAAAAUAUUGACUGAUCGAAUUGCUGAAGUUUUAUAAAAUCGUAUGCUUUCACAGAGAUAUGGUAUCGUUUACCUCCAAUUAUUUUAGCUAAAAAUGGAGGGUUAACAAAAUUUUUUUUGUAAAGUUUGUAAAUCAAGUUGAAAUUUAUAAGACAUUACUAAUAAAAUCUCCAUGAAUGUAUUAAAAAUAUUAUAUGUGUAUAUAAAUAAUAUAUAAAGUUUAUACAAGGUAUAAAACUUAUAAAAACUCAAUUUAAUCCAAAAACUAAAAAUAAACUAUAACCGCACAAUUUUUAAUACAAAAAAUAUUUUCCCUAAUAAUUAAAAUAUAAAUAUAAUUAAAACAUUCGAAAUAAAAAAUUUAAGCUUAACCAUAAAAAUGCUGCAAAUAAUUGUGCUUUUGCUCACAACACUGCCCUAUAUCUACGGACAAAAUGCAGAACGCAUGGAAGCAGAUAAUCGUGUUUAUGUAGGUGAUUUCACGCAGCCACCCUAUAGUAUGGACAAGGCAGACAAUAGUAUUGCAUAUCCUUACCACAACAACUAUUUCAGUUUUCCGCCCAACAACAACAACGGUUAUCAGGCGUUCAAUCCCAAUAGUGGGCCUAUGGGCAAGGCAGACAAUAGUAUCGCAUAUCCUUACCACAACAACUAUGUUAGUUUUCCACCUACCAACAACAACGGUUAUCAGCCGUUCAAUCUCCAUAGUACAAUGCCCAACCACCAAACACCAACUCUUGGUGGAUAUAAUGGACACUAUGUUUACGCUAACUAUGCACCCUUUAAUGCCUUGCAAGGUUAUAACAAUUUUGGCAUGACAAGAACAUAUGGAGGCGGCAUGUCCAGCAAUGCCAACUUCGUUCCCGUAACUUACAGCACUCAUCUGCCGAUCAUGGAUGGGCUGCAUACGAGUAUAGGCACGGCUUUAGGCGGCAGCAUGAAUGGCAUGUCUGCCUAUCCGGCUAACGGUCACUACAACGGCUACUAUCCGUACAACUCGCUGGGUAUUUUACAGCCAUAUAAGUGAUGUACAAGCCCGUGCAUACAUUUUGGGAAUAUCAAGUUGUAUUUAUUUUUUAUUGUAAAAUAUAAUUUAUGUACAUAUAUUUAACACUUAACAGCAACACGAAGAUUUUUUAAGUAAACAA